CCCACUCUGUCUUGUGUGCGUUUCUCUCUGCGGAGCGGGCGCGCGGUCACAAAGCUCGGGAGUCUGGAAUGAACUGAAGCAGGCAGCCAGUCAUGAGAAAAGUAUGUGCACACAUUGGCCGCGAACAUGGAGUAUAAUGAAAGAAAACGAGAAGGCGGCGCUGUCAUUUUCUACUUGUGAAUUCAACAUUAAGUGUGAGGCUUUAGAGUGACAGAAAGAAGUAGAACCGUUAGCUGAACAGCAGCAGCUACGGGAUAUUUGCACAACAAUGGCGACUCCCCACCAGUGAAGAACUUUGCUGCCCUGCAAACCACCGCCUCCAUCUGUCCCUGACACCUUGAGACAACAAUUUUCCAUCUCCUUUUUCCUUUUAUACCUCUCUCAGUCUUCCUGAAACAUUCCUUUUCAAUCCCUCCUCUACCUUCCUCCCUUCCGAAUCCUGUCUUUGUUUCAAACAUGGACUCCUCUGGAGAAAUAACCUCAGCUCAGGAUGGACAUCUUGACCCCAGGUGCAGCCCCAGUCGCUCUGAUCUCAGUGGACUGUACCAUCUGGGUCGGACGUUGGGCAGGGGCCACUUUGCUGUGGUCAAACUGGCUCGUCAUGUCAACACCGGGCAACUCGUUGCUGUCAAGAUGAUUGACAAGACAAAACUUGAUGUUAUGGCAACAAGCCACCUCUUACAGGAAGUGAGGUGCAUGAGGCUGGUGCAGCAUCCCAACGUGGUUCGCCUCUACGAGGUCAUCGACACACCCACCACCCUCUACCUGGUCAUGGAGCUGGCCGAGGGAGGCGACCUCUACGACUACAUCCUCCGCCAUGAGGGAGGUGUGGCUGAGGGCACCGCCAAGCGUCAUUUCGCCCAGAUUGUGCGCGGUGUGGCGUACUGCCACCAGCUCCACGUGGUGCACCGGGAUUUGAAGCCAGAGAAUGUGGUGUUCUUUCCCCAACAGGGGGCAGUGAAGCUGACAGACUUUGGGUUCAGCAACUUAUUCCAACCUGGGACAAUGUUGGCCACCAGCUGUGGGUCGCUGGCGUACUCCGCUCCAGAGAUUCUGCUGGGAGAAGAGUAUGAUGCUCCAGCUGUGGAUAUCUGGUCUCUUGGGGUGAUCCUGUACAUGUUGGUGUGUGGAGUCCCUCCCUUCCAGGAAACCAACGACAGUGAGACUCUGGUCAUGAUUCUGGACUGUCGCUACUGUGUCCCUGAACAUGUCUCAGACGACUGCAGAGAUCUGAUCUCCAGGAUGCUCCAGAAGGAUCCGUCUUGCCGCGCCUCACUCGAGGAGAUCGAGGCCCAUCACUGGCUGCAGGGGCUGGAUAACGCCCUGCUCAGCCCAGAGGCCCCACCACACUGGCUCUCAGGGGCCCUCUCUCCCAGCUCGCCCCGCUCAGGAGUACCUGAGUGUGGGGACCUGCUCGCCGCGAGGCGCCCACCUCAGCAGGCUUUCCCUGGACCCUGGCAGCCUAGCCUCAGCUUCACCCUUCGUCCACCUCCAGCUGAAGAGCCUCCCGUCACCAAGAACCUGCCUGCGCUACAGCAGAUCUGUGAGGAAGAAGAAGAAGAGGAGGAGGAAGAGGAGGAGGAGGAGGAGGAGGAGGAGGAGGUGGGCAGCAUGGCAAAAGAGGGUGAAGGUUUGGCAUCUUUGUUUGUGGCAGAGCCAGAGAGAGAAGCUGAGGAGAUGCUUGAUGGAGCAGAUGAUCAAGAGUACAGGGAAGAGAAACAAAAUGAAGAAGAAGAAUUAGGAAGCUCAGUGGAGAUAAUGGAGGAGGAAGAGGAUGAGCAGGAAGAGAUGGCAGAGAUGGAGAUGGAAAUAGAGAAAGAAGACAGUGGGUGUGUGAUUUCAGACCAGCCAGUCAGUCAUGGAGACAAGCCGGUCAGUCAGAUAUCUGAAGUCCCUCAUCUGAAGUCAUCUCUGCCUGGUUUGGGGGUACCGUGCUGCCAGGGGCAGCCGGACUCCACAAGCCCAGAGGAAGGAAAGGACGAGGAGACAGAACCUAACAACAACACCAACAAACCUCCUCCUCUGCUCCCUGAAUCCUCUGUCCCCUCCAUCCCUGCAAACUCAUGUCAGACUCAUUCUGUCAGACUCACUCUGAAUGAGAAGGAGGCACAAAAAACAGGAAGAGAAGGAGAACAAGACGAGAAAACGGAGGAGGGUGGAAGAGUUGACCUCGUAACAGACAGAUCUCAACCCCACAAUGCUUUGGGGACCCGGGAUGAGGCUGCCCCAAAGGUGGAGCAGGGGAAACGACAUAGCAUAAAGCUGCGUGAGAGACUCUUUCAGUUCCCUCUGUGUGAGAAAGCUCUGGCCUUAAACAUACCAACACACAACAAGCCCAAGAUCCUGCCGCUGGCUCAGUACAACUGCUGCCAUGUGCUAUAAGUGAAACCAGCCUGGGUGCUGCCUUUGAUGUGCUGCUCACUUGGGACAUGCAGGCUGCUUAGCAGUGGGCAGGUGGCUGGUUACAGAGCACAAACCUUCUGAAGUGGCAAGCCACUGAGCUCCCUGCUGAGCCUUUCUGCUGCAGAGACCUUGAGGCAAGAGAGCAAAGGCCCUCAGCAUGCAAACAACCAGUGUACAGGAUGGGAGGUGUAUAGCUUCAUACCCACAGACACUCAGUUCUAGCAUUGUGCUCAUGUAAUAAACAUCGUGUUAAGCUAGAGGUGGUGUACAGCACAUUAGUCAGACUUACUAGAACCUCACACAUUUGCUGCUGUGUACAAGAGCAGCCAUAGAAUUACAAUGACUAGACUGUGUCCAAUCUGUAGCUUAGAAACAAUACUGGACCUACAGGAAGGAGGGAGACUAAAGAAAGAAGAUGGCAGGAAGAGAUAGACAUAAUGACUGCAACAGUUUUUAUUGAAUAAGCUAUAGUCUGUUUUGUUUGUUUAAAAGGUGCCUACAACGAUAAAAUGGGUUUCAUACUGUACAUGGCCAUUGUGUCAUUUUGGUUCUGACUGUAAAAAACUCUAAAAGUCAAAAUGGUCUAGCACUCAGUAGAUCCAUGAUUUCAUAUUUUAUAAUAUAUGAAUUAGAAUAAACUUUGGACCAGCUUCUGCUACACAGUAGCACUCAUUUCCUGUUCCCUUUGCACAACCUGCUUCUCUCGUUGGUUUAAAAGCUCUUAAUAUAAGCUCAAUUAAAGAAAGACUAAGACUGUUAUGAUAUGAUAUGAUAUGAUACUGUGUAAUAUAUGCUGAAGACUGAGAUGAUGAUAUGAUUUUCUGUUCUCUUAAUCCUAAAGUCUUGAUAUAAUGACUUGUCCUAACUGUAUAAUACUAUUGAUAGGUUCAUUGAUCAGGAUGCAGGUCUUCCAUUGUAUUUUGAACAGUUUUUAAUUAUACUGAACAGCUUAAUAAUAUUUGAUCAUAACAAUUUUAUUUUGGAUGUGCAGAAGUUGAUUUUUUUUUUUUUAGAACGUGACAAAGAUAUUAAUUCUCUGAAGAGAUAUGCGACUUUGUGCAUGUUAUUACUGUUAUUUAUCACAAUAUACCUCCAUGUGUCUUGGAUCUGACAGGACAUUGUUUUUGUGUAACUGUAAGUACCUUGAGGUAAACCACUGAGUGAUGAAUUGCACACAGUACGACUAGCUAGUAGCUUUCUACAAGCAGUAUCCGGGGACUGAUGGAGAGACUUCUUGGUCAUUUAGACCAAAUGACAGUGAUAUGUUAUUGUGUAGCUGAGGAGUCCCUCUGUAUGGUAUUAUUUUACCAUAUAAUGCCUCUGUGUGUCAUAUUUUCUCAUACACACUGUAUUUUUCUCUUUUGAAGCGGAGACAAGAAGUGUAACAUUUAGUUUAGUUAAAGAAGGCCAAAGCUGUACAAUAAGCUACAUCUUCCUCCUAUACUUCAACAAAGCUUAUUUACAACAAAUUAGAUUUUUACCUUGUGACCUGUGAUGGGACGGCCCCUGCCUAUAUAAGGAGCGGAUAUCACGUGAAAUCUGAUUAUCACUCAUUUCAUCAGCCAUGGAAGCAUAAAAUCUGUGCAGAAGAGGGAUAAAAUCCCAUUAUUUGUUCCUGUGUGAUUGCCGCCUGUCUCUUCUCAGUGUGUCUGUGUCUACUGACCUGCAUUGUAACUAGGACCACGUCUCUAUGGAGCCAUGAACUUAUUUUUCUGUAUUUAUUUAUUAAAAUGGAUUAAAUCAA